GAUAUCCUUUCUAACUUUCUGUUUAAAGGAACCGCGGUGGUUAGCUAGUUUCAGCUACAAUGUUUAUCGAAGAAUAAACAGUUAUACCUUUUGGACAUAAUAAUCAAAUCAAUAUGGUUUUGGGGGGUUUUACGUGCUCUAAAAAUGCUUUUUGUUCCCUUAACAUAGUAUACAUGUUGGUAGGUCUACUGUUGAUUGGAGUGGCAGCAUGGGGCAAAGGCUUCGGCAUUGUGUCCAGUAUCCAUAUCAUUGGUGGGGUCAUUGCUGUAGGCUUUUUUCUACUGCUCAUCUCCAUCGUAGGCCUCAUCGGAGCCUUAAAACACCAUCAAGUCAUGCUUUUCUUUUACAUGGUGAUUCUGUUCCUAGUCUUCAUCUUUCAGUUUGGAGUGUCCUGCUCCUGCCUAGCUAUUAAUCUUGAGCAGCAGGUGAAGCUGUUGAACACUUCAUGGGGGCUGAUGAGCAAAGACACACGUUUGGAUUUGGAAACCAAGCUCAACUGCUGUGGACUGUUGAACACAACUGCUAACCAAGAGCAGUUUGCUAUGGAUGUGCAGUUAUGCAAUGCGGACUGUAAGAGUGCAGCUCAUUGUUAUACCUGUGGAGACAUGAUGCUGCAGCACUCCUCACAGGCUCUAAGGAUCCUGGGAGGAGUGGGACUCUUCUUCAGCUUUUCAGAGAUCUUAGGUGUGUGGCUGGCCGCACGUUACAGAAAUCAAAAAGAUCCAAGAGCAAACCCCAGCGCAUUUCUAUAGGAAGAGAGACCAAAGAGGAACUACAAAUACAAACCAUGCCAAAUAAUGCACUCAUUAGAAACACAUAUGUACACUGACAGUAUGUACACACAUGUCAACAUUUUAAAAUGAGACUUUUACACAGAAUGAGGAUGAAUCUUGCAAUUUCUUAAGAAAUACUGGUUGAACACACAGUUAACAACAUUGUAAUAAGGAUAUACAUUGUGGGUAUUCACUACUAGUUCGUGUAUAUGUAACACACAUGCACAUUGUCGAGUACUGAUCUAGUCAUUAGUACUGUGUAUGGUAUGCAGUGAUGCCCUUGGUUCAUACUUUCCUUGUGUAUGGUAAAAUUACACUUAAUUUAAAUAAUUUGUAGACCCCAACUACUUUUGGCCUUUACAUGAGUAGACAUGUCCCUGCUAGCUGUCAUGCCAUGACUAUAUUUUAUCUGCAAAAACAAUCUUCUAUGUAUAUUAAGUUGAAGGGGGUUAAAUGUACUAUAGUAUAUUUAAACAGUGCCCAUGAACUGAAGAUAUUUUUUCCUUCUAACCCACACAUCUUUUUGCAGUAUUGUUCUGCAGAUUCAAACACUGCCAAAAAGAGCUGAUUGUAGACAUCCUUUAUCCUUAUUUUAAUUAUGGUAGCAGGCUUUGGACCUCUCUCAGUGGAAAAUGCUCUUCAGUUCAGUAACAAUAAUCACCAUAUUUGUCUGAACAACCUAGUCCUGUGAAACAACCCCUGUAGUUGAUAGGUCUUUGAAUAUGGCCUAUACUACAUACGGUACAAAAAUGGGGCUUUAAAAAAAAAAAAAUGAUGCCACCUUUGCAAUAAAAAGGGAUGCUUUGUGGCCACAUCAAAAGGACUUAAUACUGAAUUGGAAAUUAAUGAUACUAUUUGGUUAGUUACAGCUUUAUAAAUCAUGUCAAGAGGGUUAAACACUUUUGUGUUGAUAGUACACAAAUAGUGCCAACUUCAAAAUAAUCUUAACAUGGAAGCAAUUGGAAGUGUUUGGCCAUGUGUGUAAAAUCACGAGGCCUUCAUAACUGGUUUCAAAUUAUCCCCCCAAAUUUUUUGUAACUCAUACGGAUUAAAAGUUGGGGGUUUCAUGCAAAUAGGGUGUUACAGAAAAGGAGUGCCAGUGAUGCUACAGAAAAGCUAGUUAUAUGCUCAAAAGAGUGGUAAAGUAUCUUCUAACUGCAGUGUGGAAUAAAUGGCAUACAUCUUUAUUCCUUAUCACUAAUUAAGUAGACAAUGUGAGUCCCCAGGUGAAUGGAGAUCUGUAAUUCACAAAUAUUGGACAUUCAUUGUAGUGCUUAAAAUACUAUGUAACUAAAUUAAUGGAGAUGGUAUGUUUCUGAAUACUUGGCAACCAAAGCAAAAGUUAAAUAUUAAGUUUGUUGCUUUCCCUGCCAACCAGUGGAAAGGUACUGGCUUACAUUUCUAGAACAUUUGGAAAUACUUAAGAAACUUCCAUCUGAAAACACAAUGUAUUUACCAUGUUUUACUUGUAUCCAUAUCCUUGUGUCCCUGUGUAAUUGAUUCAACAAAAUGUUAUUUUCCAAGAUGUUUUAUAAAGCCACAAUAUUUAUAUAAUAAAAGUGAUAAUUGUCAAGGGUCCAAUUAACAUGCUAAUGUUAACAUUUGAUCAAUGUUUCUUCCUCUGUACUUGCUUCUUUUUGUGCUCCAGCAUGUGGCAUGUCUGUGCAUCCUGUAAAUGUUACCUGUGUUUAUUCGUCUGCUUUUGUCUGCCUUUAAAACCGACUGAUGACCUAUUUACCUUCUGCACCUAUUGUAUUAUUUUAAGGUACUAAUUGCUAUUAAAAUGCUGAUUGCAGAC